AUGCUACACCGCUCCGCCCUCGAAGAUGAAUCGAGACCGUUUCACCCAAGACGCCCCUCCGGAUCCCUCAUGGAACCUCCCUCGGCCCCUCCCAAUCGACCUGCCUCUCGUUCUUCUCGCCCAGGAUCUCGUGCUCGAAUGGUGAAGCCGUCGAGGGCCGUAACCCCGACGGGUCUAGGCGUGAUGAGCAGCAGCAGCCCCAUUAAAGAAGGCCUCGGAAGUUUGAACCGUUGGUCGCAGUCUACAACAUCUAGCAAGAGUCCAUCAGAGUAUACAGGGCAUCGCCGAGGUAGCUCAAAGAUGUCCAUGUCCGGUCACAGCCCACAUAGGGGACCGGCACUGGGGGAGCUUCCGGAGUUAAGCCUUCCAGAAAUAAGUACAUCGGAUAUUUUAUCCGCGGACUCGAAACCCCACCUAGACCUUACCUUCACAGCCUCAAGCCAUCUAUUCCAAGCAUCAUCCUCAAAUGACCAAUCUGAAUCAACACCACCUCAUGGCCAAGGUCACAUGUCGCGCCCCAGUGAAGGCGCAGUGUCAUUGGCAGAUGAGGAAGCGGAGGCGGAGAACCGACAGUAUGGCCAAACCCAGAAAGCAAUGUUAUCUAAGGCGCUGCAGAAGGCAAAUACGGCUGUAUUAUUGGAUAAUGCGGCCAACUUUGAGGGCGCAAUGGAAGCCUAUACCGACGCCUGUCAACUGUUACAAUUCGUGAUGCUGCGCAGCAAUGGCGGCGAUGAAGAGAAGCUCAAAUUACAGGAAAUUCGUGAUACCUACAUGAUUCGUAUAACAGAACUCCAGCGCAUGGAUUUUCCCUUACCGGAUGUUGACGGCAAAGCCCUUCCAGAACGCCCUUUAAGCCAAGAAUCAUACAGUGAUAUCUUCCAAUCUUCAGCAACUGGUGUCUCGGGGGAAGAGAGCCAGCACAGCUCCACUCACUCCAAUCUGGGCUUCCAGGUCUCACUAGAAGACGCCAAAUCACUCCCCUCAGAGGCAAUUCCCCCUCGUCGUCAGUCUUUGAGACCUACUGGUUUGGAAGACCAUUCAAGAUCUACAUCCUUGUCGAAAACUUCGCAGUCGGGUCGGUCGACUCCCGGAAACUCGAGCAUCAACUCAGCCUAUCACGGGCAGUUUCUAGAGCCUUCUUUACAGGAGGCGAACGAAUCGACCUCCUGGCUCGAUACCAUUGACGAGUCGGGCGCCUCCUCCCCUUCAUCCGCAAAUUCAAAGGCAUCAUCAGUAUAUCUUCGACGACGCACAAGUCGACGCAUGAGUACGGAUACGGAAGCCGAGUUUGAUGCCGCUCUUGAUGCCGCUGUGGAAGCCGCAUAUGAUGAUGGAUUAGAGCCAGUCAUAGAGUACAACGAGGAAGAAAAUGAUGAUGUUGUUACCAAUGCCCGCAGAAAUAUUGAGCUAGCAAAGCAACGUGUGCGUGAAGCUGAGCGCGAGGCCGAGGAUGCUAUGAUUCGUGGCCGGGAAAUACGUCGCAUCCAGGAGCAAAACAUACUUGAGAAUCCGAUUGCCCGUCAUUCUGACUACCUUGAUGAGGAGGCAGAAGAAGAAGAGCGCCUCCUAGAAGAAAUGACUAAAGGCUAUGUCAUGGACGAUUUUGAAUUUGGUAUACAAUCCAAGUCGGCACUUCCUCGAGAAUCGGACUCUAGCAAUAUGUCCGGAAGGACAUGGGAGAGCUCAGCUGCAUCCAACAUUACAGGCACUGGGGCCACAUUGUCGACUCUUACAGAGGAUGACGAUAUUUUGCAUUCUGAUCAAAGACCCGAACAAACUCCCCUACCGUCCUCCCCUCCGUCUGUCGGUUUACCCUCAAUUCCACCCCAGGGCGCACCUCUACAAAUGCCUCCUCCUCCUCCACCACCACCUCCCGCAAUGGGACCGCCCCCAGUUCCAAGUGUCAGAUCUCGGAGACUGUCAAAGCAGAGUGCCAGCGAAUUAAAAAUCGAAACCAAUACCCAUUCUCGUCAGGACUCGAAUGCCUCUGACCUGGAUUAUUUUGCGACCCCGUUGACGAGCCGACCACCGCCGCCAGUGCCCAAAGAUGAGCCCAUCUCCGACACUUCCAAAUCGACCACUCCAGGAUUUCGAGCCAACCUGCACCCCUCAAAGCGUAAUGUAUCGAUUGGGUCUAUCACAGAUCACAUCAAUCUUGCCAAAACUCGCACCCAGGAAGACGACGAAGCUGGGUUGCCUCCUCUACCAACCUCGGCUCGACCCAUGAACAAAAUACCAUCCGCCCCAGAUGGUCUAGAUAAGUCCGCCUCAAAAGCGUUCAGAUCUCGGAAUGUAUCCGUUCCGAAUCCAGAGACAGCACCUGGUUCUCCGACUACCCCCUGGAGUGGUUCCUUCCCAACGCUAGAUACUCAGAAGGCAACCAUGAGUAGCAAUAUCCCUGUGAUGCCAACGCCAACCGCGGCAUAUUUCACACAAAACGGAUUACCUACGGGGGGUCUUAAUCUUUUUGAUUCUGAUAUCCAUUCCCCUUCGACGCUCGGUCGUCCAAAUUCUCUAAUUUCCAACGCUCCUUUGCCCCUCGAGCCAUGCCCAGAGUCCUUCUUGCUACGUCCGUUUUGGCUGAUGCGGUCCCUUUAUCAGACGAUUACCCACCCGCAUGGUGGAUAUCUGUCCACAAAACUCUUCAUCCCCCGUGAUGUCUGGCGAGUAAAGAAUGUCAAACUCAAGGCUGUUGAGGAUAAGAUAUCUACUUGUGAUCUCUUGACUGCCGCAUUGCUUAAAUUGGCACAAGUCGAUAUGUACGAUGCAGAUGCAGUCUUAGAGGAGAUGCAGUCACUUGAGAGCGUGCUUGAUCAAGCUCAAGCUUCGUUGACCAAGAAAAUGGGUCACGAUGUCGGUGUUCAAACAGCGAUACCGCUUUUCAAGCCGAAUGCCACAGCAGACGAUCCCGCACAUGCUGAUCCUCCCCAUUCCAGAACUUCGGGUACAUCCAACAAGUCGUACCUCCCAACAUGGAAACGGUUACGAGCGAAGACUUCCGGCAUUGGUACAACUUCUGCUCCUGUUCCGAGCGUGCGCGAAAGCAACAAAGAUAAUUUGACACUCAAUUCUCUCCCUAUGACAUCGGGACCUGCCACACAUGCCAAGCGCAACGUCACGCAGCUAGAUUUCUCGGGUCCAAAUUCUCAUUACAUGGGGGCCCUGGCACGCGUUUUCGAUGCCGCUCAAGUGAUAGAUCAAAUUGCGCAGCAAGUGGAAGACCCCGGACUCAAACACUCCUCCCAAACUCAUGUCGGUCUGGAGCUCAGCACUCGGCAUGCAGCUGAAUUCUUUGGCUUCUAUAUUUGCCGCUUCGCACUAGCCGACAUGGGCUUAAUGCUUGAUAAGUUUAUCAAGCGUGGUAGUGAAUGGGUGUUGAUUUGA